AUGAAAUAAUAUGAUAAGGCUUUAGAAGAUGUAAAUUAUAGAAUAUCCAUAAAUAAUAAUUAAGCUGAAAGUUAUUAUUAAAGAGGUAAAAAUGAAUUCGUAUAAUCUAAGCAACAAUUUAUUGGAGAAAAUCAAUAUUUGAUCUAGCAUUAUAAGAUUGUAAGAAAUGUGUUGAGAUUGAUACAAACUUUGCAAUGAGUUUUUGUUGAAUAAGUAAUAAAAUGAAGUUUAAUUUAUAGGCACAAUUAUGAAUAAUUUGAAAUAGUAGGAAAAUGAAUUUAAGUUUUACAAUUAGGCUUUAGAAAAAGAUUGGGAUUGUUAUAAUGCAUUUAUGUGUAGAAGUAUCAAAACAUGUAAUUUAUAAGGUUAGUAUUAUAUGGAUGAACAAAAGAUUGAUGAUGCACUUAGAGAUUUCAAAUAAGCAAUUGAAAUCAACCCUAUAAAUNUAUUCACUUUUCCCUUUAAGAUCUUUUAAUGA